UGUUGCUGAUUGUAGCUUCAUAUUGACAAAUAACCCUUGUUACAGCAAACAUCACAUUCACUCACAUGCACUUCUUUAAUCACACACACUCCCAUGAACUGCCCUGGGCCUUACAAUGCUUUAAAGAAGGGGAAGAGACCUCCAGCAAUCUGGUAAAUACACCCACUUGUUUCUCUCCUCCCCUCCUCUAUUCUUCAUUGAGUCCUGAUCUGCUCGGCUCAGACCAGGAGGCAGACCUUCACAUGAAAAGUUGUGUGGAUCUUGGACUCAUUACUCAGCUAUGCAUUAGAGAAGAGGAUUAACCCAAGCUGAGCACCACUGCAAAGACUGGGCAUUUGGCCAUUCAUCCAUCACCUGGCUUACUGAGAGAGAAGCUACCGUACAUCUUUUUUUUACCUAAAAUUCCUCCUCACUGACCUGUCAGUUUUUCUGUCUCCCUUUCUCCUUGUAUCCCUCUUUCCGCUCUCUCAACCAUGACCCUUUUAUCAGAGGACCAGUCUGUGAGGGCCCAACCUUGCCGGCUUCCAGAGCCUGACAAACACAACAGCACUUCCUUGUCACAACACAUAAAUGGCUACACUGGUUCCAAAGAGGACGGAACUGACAGUGGGGAGAGUGCUGUGUUUGGAGUUGUAGAGCUCCCCAGGCGCUCAUGGGGCCGCCUCAUCCUUCAUGGCCUGGUCAUGUUUGGAAGGGAAUUCUGCUAUGCCGUGGAGGCAGCAUUCGUCACACCAGUGCUUCUAAGUGUGGGCCUUCCCCGCAGCCUGUACAGCAUGGUGUGGUUGAUCAGCCCCAUCCUGGGCUUCCUGCUGCAGCCCGUCAUCGGCUUAGCCAGCGACCAAUGUCGCUCGGUGUGGGGCAGACGGAGGCCUUACAUCCUGGCCCUGGGCAUCCUCAUGCUGCUGGGAAUGACCCUGUUCCUCAAUGGAGAUGCUAUCGUCUCAGCACUAGUCAAUGACAGGUCGCUGAGGACACUAUGGGCCAUAGUGGUGGUGAUGUUUGGAGUCGUGGUGUUCGACUUUGCCGCAGACUUCAUCGACGGGCCCAUCAAGGCCUACCUGUUUGAUGUGUGCUCACAUCAAGACAAAGAACGAGGUCUCCACUAUCACGCUCUACUCACAGGUCUGGGCGGAGCGUGUGGCUACCUGGUAGGAGCCAUAGACUGGGGACAUUCUGUGAUGGGUCAGCUGCUGGGCUCUGAGUACCAUGUCAUCUACUUCUUCUCAGCACUGACUUGGGGCAUCUUGCUCAUUGUGCACCUCUUCAGUAUUCCAGAGCAGCCUCUGGGCAAGGACCCAUCUGUCUCCUCACCUCCCAGUGCCCUCCAUCUACUGGGCUCUCACAGCAGUGGUUAUGGAACACUGGCUAAAGAGCCGGCCUCUCCUGUAGCACCUGUCACAGACCUCAGGCCGAGGUCUUUCUCGGCUCUUGGGGAGACUAACUCGGUAAUCUCCGGCACCAAGCAGCCAGACAAGGAGGUCCAGAAGAGGAUGACGCUGAGGUCGCUGAUGAAAGCUUUCAUUGACAUGCCAAACCACUACCGUUGCCUGUGUGUCAGUCACCUGCUGGGAUGGACAGCUUUCCUCUGCAAUAUGCUCUUCUUCACAGAUUUUAUGGGACAGAUUGUAUACAAAGGAAAUCCUUAUGCAGCCCAUAACUCCACAGCCUACGCCACAUAUGAGAGAGGAGUAGAAGUGGGCUGCUGGGGACUGUGUAUUAAUGCUGUUUCCUCUGCUCUCUACUCCUAUGUGCAGCGUUUUCUCCUCCCAUACCUCGGCCUGAAAGGAUUAUACUUCGUGGGCUACUUUGUUUUCGGUGUGGGCACCAGCCUGAUCAGCCUCUUCCCCAACAUCAUCACCACACUCAUCCUCUGCAGCGCGUUUGGCGUCAUGUCCAGCACACUCUACACUGUCCCAUUCAACCUGAUAGCAGAGUACCACCGUGAAGAGGAGGAACAACUAAAGCUACGUGGGAGCAAUGAAAAUGUGCGAGGCUCCGGGGUGGACUGUGCAGCACUCACCUGCAUGGUCCAGCUGGCUCAGAUUUUUGUGGGUGCAGGACUCGGCGCUCUGGUCAACAUGGCAGGGGGGGGAGUGGGCUCAGCUGCAACCAUGUCCCUGUUAGGCUGCAUCUUCAUCGCCCUCUUUAUCAGAUGUGUGGAAUGAUUCUGAUUUUUAUAUGCAUUCUAAUAGUAUUGUUGUAAUAAAUAAAGCUUCUUUAUUAUAUCCUUAAAGUCUUGUGAUUCCUCUUAUUUACCAUU